UUGUGUUUAAGGGAUGGGUAUCUUCCGCCUUUUUCAGUAUGCCUUUGUAGGUUGUCUGGCGCUUCAUAUUGGGUUCGUUUACAUAUCUGAAAUGGAGUAGGUCGUCUAAAUGUGACAGAACCCAUCCCUGGUGGAUAUGGUAGUAAAUAAUCUAUCACUUCUUUUUUACGUACAGUUUUCCUUUCUCUAAGGUUGUACAAAAAACAGAGGUUCGAUUAUAACAAUGCAAAGCAUUUUAACAAAAAAUUUGUUUACUUUAUUUUUAAAUUCUAAUCGGAUUUAUCUGGACUAUUAAAAUGUGAUUUAACAUAAAAAUCUGUUGACAGAUUUAUCAAAACCUAACAAUACAUUUAUUUUUGUCCAAAAAAUAUUUUUAAUCUUAUAAAAACACUUUUUAAUCCUCUUGCAUAUUUUCUCUUUUUCCGACACCUGUUAUUUUACUAUUUGUUAUAAGCCACGUGGUCAUAACAUUGUUUUUAAUCGUCUUUUUUUGAGAUUUAAGGCAAAAAUACCAAAUCCCCUUGGUUUCUGUUUUUGAGAAAAUUUCGAUUAAACCUGACACGAAAAUUUUAAAUUAUUGAAUAAAAUCUAUUAAAAUCCGACCACUAUUCGAAGUUAAUUUUAUUUUUUCUCAGCUUAACACUCUCACCCGUCCUAUCUCCCAAGAUCCUAUCCCUUUAAAUGAGGGGUUUCCACAUUCAUUUCUUUACCUAAUUUUAACACAUUCCAAUAGAAAGGCAUACCUUUUGUAUACUCUCGUCCCGUACUUUCACGGCGCUUUCCUAUUGGAGAGUACCUUCUUUAUUACGCCUGCCUUUUUAUUAGAAUAUUUUUAUGUAAAAUAGAAAUAUUUUAUUGUUGUUAAUUAGGUAUUUUACAAAUUUUCGAGAAAAAAAAAUACUUACCAAUUAUCAAAAAUAAUUCACUUAAUAAAUCAUUUAUUUUCUGUGUAGUCCAAGUUCGACAGCAAAAUUUUUAUUUUUUUAUUUUUUUUAAUUUUUUUCUUUGCAAAAAUUUUUCGAAAAAUAAAAAUAAAUUAGAAAAAAGGACAAUAAAAAUAAAAAAAAUUUUUUUCUCUCCUUUUCUCGAACAUUCUUUUAACAUCUAGAGAAAGCGUCGUUUCUUCUCCUUUCCUCUCUCUCAUUUCCCCUUUAAUCGCCUACUUUAUUUAAUUCGCCAAAAACGAUGUGAGCUUUAACAAUUUAUUAUAUUUAAUGCUUUUAUUCCUUGGAGUAUUUUUUUAAUUGUAAAAAAUUAUAGCAUCAGUCAAGAAAAUAAAAAUAAUCAACAAAUAAACAUUCCAUUUUAAUUAAUCCGCAAAAAUUUUUGCGGAUUAAUUUUGCGGACAAUAAUUUUGGAUCUUAAUUAAAUUUCUUUAUUUAGCGGAUUUAUAUAUAAGGCUUCUCCAAUAUUAUUUUUGAGAAGUAAAAUUUUUUGUUUAGCAAAGGAGCGGAAGACUUUUUUCGCUUGAUGCCUGAGAAUAUAAAAAAAUUGAUGCAUACAUGCUACCUUUAUGGUCUAAUUAAUACUUUUCAUGUCUAAUUUAAUACUUUUUAACUAGGGUUGCUCGUUUUCGGUUAUUAACCGGUACCCUAGGUUUUCGGUUAUGGCCGGUUUUCGACCCCCGGUUUUCAGUUUUUGACUUACCCCGAUUUUUGGUUAACCGAAACCGGUUUUUGACUAAAUUUCUCAUCCAGAAUAUCCCAUUCAUAUUUUAUUCAAUUAAAAUACUUUAACAUCUACUCUGUGAAUCAGGCGCUGAAUAAUUUUAAAAUUUCAACAAUUUGAGGGAGAACGGAACAUGUCGGAGAGCGGAACAUCUCGGAUAGAGCGGAACAUGUCGGAAUUCCCUUUAAGACUGUACGGGCAGUGAAGGUUUCCUUCACGCCUACCAAAUAAAACAAAAAAAGGAAAUUGUUUAUUGGUAUAGGACACUUGAGGGGUUAUCUACCUUGUAAUGGAGAGCUUCCAGAGCAAGUCCCAACCAUUCUGCUAUUUUCUGGGAUCAAGUUAGGCUGCUUUUCUCUCCCCCAAAUUUGUAUUAGUCAAAUAGGGUUGUUCCCCGACUGUAAAGAGGGCCGCGGGGAAAAAAUUCCCCGACUUUCGGAGACGGGAACAACCCUUUAGUCAAAUAGCUUAACGAAAAAAAAUUUAAAAAUUAAAAAAAAAAAGAAUUUUUCGAUUAAUAAUAAGCUUCGUUACUAAAUUAUAUUUUUCCUCAUUUUACAUAUUUUCCUUAGCAAAAUAACUGCACAAAUAAAAAUAAAAUUAUUUUUGUUUACCCAUUCUAAAUUUUGUCUUUAUUUUAAAAAACUGUCCAAUAUUGUUAACUAAAUUCUUAUCUUUUAUUUAAAAAUGUUUCCUUAUUUUAUGGCCCAUAAAUUUUAUUCUUAUGAUGAAAACGAAUGAUGCUAUUCUUUAGAGUCAGCAAAAAUUUUGUCCGCAAAAAUUGUCCGCAAAUUUUUUGCGGACAAUUUUUUUUUUCUUUUAAGUCAGUCACAAAAAUAGAAAUUAAAAAAAUUUACAUCUCUUUAUUAUCUUAUUUUUUAAUACUUUAUUCAUUUUAUUAAUUCUAUUUAAUAAUUUUUUUACCUUUUUUGCAUAUUUUUUGAUUAAAUACGCACAGAGAAUCCCCACAAAAACCAUGCCUUUUAGGCGCAGUAACAUUUGGGCGAGCAUUCAUAAAAUUGUCAAAUUAAGAGUUAGAGUCGUGAAAUUUUGUAGAAAUGUUAAUAAUACUCUUAGCUAACUUGACUAAAAAUUUCAGAAUUUUCUGGUGAAAAUUAGUAGAAUUAUGAGCGAAAAUGCCAAAAUUUUGCAAAAAAAUGCCAAAUUUUCAUGGGUUUUCGGUUAUAACUUUUGAAAUACCGAACCAAAAAUUCUGAAAUUUUUAUUCAAGUCAGGUAACUCUAUUACAAAGUUUUUCCCAAAAUUUUACUUCUCUACAUGCUCAUCUGACUAUUUUAUUAACGAAGUAAACGGAAAUGCCAAAAUUUCUAGCAAAAAUGCCUUUUUUCAUGUUUUUUGCGGGUUUUCGUCCCUAACGUUAGAAAUACUGUACCAAAAAUUCUGAGAUUUUCAAACCUGUUGGGUAACUCUAUUACAAAGUUUUUCCCAAAAUUUUACUUCUCUACGUGUUCAUCUGACUAUUUUAUAAAUUCCCGCCCAACCCUUACCAACGCCCCUAAAACCCUCUUUACCAACCACUUUUAACCCUAUCAAAAAUAAUAAAUUUUCUUUUUUUCAUUUUGUUAUCGAUAACGUGUCGUAUAUUUACCAUUCUUUGUGGUCCUUAAACUCUUUUUUCUCUUUUCUUUUUUUUUACUUUUUAUUUGGGACGAAUUGUCAAUCAGUCAGAUGGUCGGGGAUUUUU